AUGAGUGACAACUCUAAUUUGGCUCCUCCAGCUUCAAACCAGGGUUCCACUACCCCCCGCAAAGGUCCUCCAAAGUUCAAGCAGAGGCAAACCCGCCAAUUCAAAAGCAAACCUCCUAAGAAAGGUGUGAAAGGGUUUGGAGAUGAUAUACCAGGCAUGGAGGGCCUAGGAACAGAUAUCACUGUGAUUUGUCCCUGGGAAGCUUUCAGUCACCUGGAAUUACAUGAGCUGGCUCAGUUUGGGAUUAUCUGA